GGCUGGGCUGGGCUGCGUCUCCUCCCAAGACCCAGCUUCCCUUCUCCCUGGUUGCCUAAAGUGUCACAUUUGCUCAUUCCCAAGCUCUCUCGCCCACCCCCUUUCCAGACAGUUUGCCAGUGAACAGGGGCUGUUGUAACCCACCUACCGGCCUCUUUCUUUGGAGACUGCUGUUAAGCAACUUUCAACUCCCCUCAUUGCAAAGGUAUGAAGUUCCUCGGGAAGCCCAGCAGCCACACAGCUGCUCCUCUGCCUCUUUGCUGGCUCCUUUUGAAGAUUCUGCUGCCGGGGUACUGUCACCCUUAUGACAACCGCUAUGCUGGUGAUAAGGUGAUAAGGCUCACACCCAAAACUGAAGAGGAAGCCUUCGCACUCAAGAACAUCUACCACCGACUCCAGGUGGACCUGUGGCAGCCCAGCAGUAUCUCCUGUGUGUCAGAGGGGACAGUCACCGAUGUCCAUAUUCCCCAAAAUGCUUCCAGAACCCUGUUAGCCUUCCUCCAGGAAGCCCGCAUCCAGUACAAGGUCCUCAUAGAAGAUCUUCAGAAAGCUGUGGAAAAUGAAAAGAGCUUGCAAACCCAGAGAAACAGAAGGUCCCUGUCUGAAUACAACUAUGAGGUCUAUCACUCCUUAGAAGACAUUCAGAACUGGAUGCACCAUCUGAACCAAACUCAACCAGGCCUCGUUCGGGUGUUCUCCAUCGGGAGAUCGUAUGAAGGAAGACCUCUCUUUAUUCUACAGCUGGGCAGAAAAUCGCGAGCCUACAAAAGAGCCGUCUGGAUAGACUGUGGCAUUCAUGCAAGAGAAUGGAUUGGUCCUGCCUUUUGUCAGUGGUUCGCAAGAGACGCCCUUCUGACCUACAAGACUGACCCAGCCAUGAGAAAAAUGUUGAAUCAUCUCUACUUCUAUAUCAUGCCUGUGCUUAAUGUCGAUGGAUACCAUUUCAGCUGGACGCACGAUCGAUUCUGGAGAAAGACAAGGUCCAGAAACUCUAGGUUUCGCUGCCGCGGAGUUGAUGCCAAUCGCAACUGGAAAGUGAAAUGGUGUGAUGAAGGAGCCUCUGCGCACCCUUGUGAUGAUACUUACUGCGGUCCUUUCCCGGAGUCUGAGCCGGAGGUGAAGGCUGUCGCGGACUUCCUUCGGAAACACAGAAAACGCAUUCGAGCCUACCUGUCCUUUCACGCCUACGCACAGAUGCUGCUGUAUCCCUACUCUUACAAACACGCAACCAUCCCCAAUGUCAGCUGUGUGGGAUUUGCAGCUCACAAAGCAGUGAAGGCACUUCGGUCAGCACAUGGGACACAGUACAGACAUGGCCCUGCCUCCCAAACACUGUACGUAAGCUCCGGUAACUCAAUGGAUUGGGCUUAUAAAAAUGGAAUACCCUAUGCAUUUGCUUUUGAACUGCGAGACACCGGGCAAUUUGGAUUUCUACUGCCAGAGAAGCUCAUUAAACCGACCUGCACAGAGACCAUGCUGGCUGUGAAGAACAUCACAAUGCACCUGCUAAGGAAGUGUCCCUAAGAGAAACCCAGGUCUGGUCUACCAAGCCAGAGAAAACAGAUUCUGACCAAAAGGCUGCUUGGUAAAAGUAACUGUUUAGACUGGAAGGAUUCAUGGACCUUAAAAGGAUCUUUUCAUGCAAUUUGACACUUUAUAACAACAGAAAAUUAGGGCAGAGCCUGCGUUGGUAUGAGAAGAAAAUCCACUUUAUAUCCCUUUAGAGUCUUAUUUGAUUACAUUGGGAAGGGAAUGUUUUCAAAUUCCUUUGUCUCAAGAAGUGUACAAAUUACUUGAGGAUUUCCCUUCAAUCAAGCUCUAUGCCUUUGAUUUAGAUCUAAGUUACCAGUGACGUAAUUACUUGGUUCUUAUUUGAAAUGGAAAGAAUCAUCUGUAUUUCUUAAUAAAUACAUAAUUUUUCAAA